CACAAACUCAAUCUCAAUCUCAAUCUCAACCACAACCACCAACAUAAAAAUGCCGUCCAAAAUCCUCAUUCUUGACGGUGGUCUCGGUACCUCUCUCGAGUCCAAAUACUCUAUUACUUUCUCCCGUUCAACGCCCCUCUGGUCCUCUCAUCUGCUUGUUUCUGACCAAUCUACCCUCCAAUCAUGUCAGAGCGAUUUCGGAGCUGUCCCAGUUGACGUGCUCCUCACAGCGACAUAUCAGGUUUCGCUUCAUGGUUUCGCCGACACUCGCACUGAGGAUUUCCCUGAGGGUAUUCCUCGCGAAUCUGUUCCACGGUUCUUAGAUGAUGCUGUUAGUAUUGCUCAGCGUGCUGUGGGGGAUAAGGGCUGUGUUGCUUUGAGCAUUGGACCUUAUGGAGCUUGCAUGAUUCCAGGUCAGGAGUAUAGCGGGAAAUACGAUGCUGAGCACAACUCCUUAGCUGAUUUGGAAGCAUGGCACCGUGAGCGCUUGGGAGUCUUCGCUGGGGUUUCUGAUAUACAGAAGCGAGUGCGUUAUGUUGCCCUUGAGACUAUUCCCCGCGUUGACGAGAUCAUCGCCAUGCGCAAAGCUCUCGCUGCCACAGCAAAACUGUCGGAUCUUCCUUACUGGACAGCAUGUCUCUCACCUGAGAAAGACCUCAAAAUGCCUGACGGCAACUCCAUCGAGGCCGCUGUGGAGGCCAUGCUGGAUCCUGAAGUAUCAUCGAAGUUACCGUGGGGUAUUGGUAUCAACUGCACCAAGGUCGACAAGCUUGACCAGCUCCUUCAAAUCUUCGAGCGCACUGUCUCAGGUAUGAUCGAGAAGGGCAAGAUUACUGAGUGGCCUGCUCUGGUGCUGUAUCCUGAUGGUACAAAUGGAGAGGUUUACAACACAACCACACAAAAAUGGGAGAUGCCAGACGGUGUUGAGACUCAUAGGCGCUCAUCUUGGGAACACCAACUCGAGACAGUCGUGAAGGCUACGGAAAACAGAGGGAAAUGGCCUGCCAUCUUGGUCGGUGGAUGUUGUAGGGCCGGAAGCGAAGAUAUCAAGAAACUUCGCGAUUGUCUCGUGAAAUAGAGGCUUCCAUCAAUACCCAAAUCACAAAGCUAGGAAUAAAAACUAAGGUAGAUUACAUGUCUAACAAAGCAAGAUACAAAAGACCUUGACCAGAAGGAGGCCAGGGGAGGGGGCAAGAAAAGUUAGGACCUCUAUCCUAAGUGAUAAAAAGAUUUAGGUGAAUUUAGGUAAACUUAGGUAAAUCUAGUAUAGCCUUAGUGGGCCUUUAGAUUAGUUAUAUCCAGCACCUUGGCUUAAU